AUGCUGAACAUCAACGGCAAGGUACCGGAGUCUCUGUGCGACCUGCCGAGCCUCACACACCUCGACCUCUCCUACAACAACCUCACCGGCGGGUUUCCCGGCGCCCAGCUCUACGCCUGCUCCCAGCUCCGCUUCCUCGACCUCUCCUGCAACGCCUUCCACGGGGUCCUUCCGGAUGACAUCAGCCGCCUGUCGCAGGCCAUGGAGCACCUCAACCUGUCGGCAAAUUACUUCGGUGGCGCCGUGCCGGCCGCGGUGGCCGAGCUUCCGGCCCUAAGGUCGCUGCUUCUUGACACCAACCAGUUUACCGGAGAGUACCCAGCAGCCGAGAUAAGCAAGCUCACCAGGCUCGAGCAGCUGACGCUUGCCUGGAACCCGUCCGCGCCGGCGCCUGCACCGCCGAAGUUCGCCAAGCUGGCCAACCUGAGCUACCUCUGGAUGUCUGAGAUGAACAUGACCGGCGAGAUCCCAAAGGCAUACUCGAGCCUAGUGAACCUCCAGCUAAUUGCUAUAACCAAGAACAAUCUCACCGGCGAGAUCCCGGCAUGGGUCUGGCAGCAUCCAAAACUCGAGUACUUGUACCUGUUCGCCAAUGGACUCACCGGCAAACUACCGCGCAAAAUCAGGUCGGUGAAUUUGAUAGAGCUUGAUGUGUCGUCGAACCAUCUCACAGGAGAAAUACCAGAAGACAUUGGUAACCUCAAGAACCUGACCAUACUAUUCAUGUACACCAACCAGCUCACCGGCAUCAUUCCAGCAAGCAUAGCGAUGCUCCCAAAUCUCAGGGACCUCAGGCUAUUUGAAAACUUACCAAAGUUGACGACGUUGGUGAUAGAGAGCAAUGGUUUCACCGGGGCUUUACCAGCCGAGCUAUCUGAGAACAUCUCUCAGAUUGACAUAGGGAACAACAAGUUCUCUGGCUUCCUCCCAACUUCGGGAACCGGGCUGCUGGUGUUCAAGGCGGCAAACAACCUGCUCUUUGGCGAGCUACCGGCCGACAUGAGCAAGUUUGCCAACCUUACACGUUUGGUGUUGCGUGGCAACCAGCUAACUGGUUCCAUACCAUGA